AUGGGAUUUUCCAAAUAUAUCGCCUUUGGCGCAGCUCUUGCUGUCGCCGUCCAUGGGUCUCCGGCACCCCAAGCCCCAGCAAUCACUGCCAUUCAGGCCGCUCCAAUCGUCGCUGACGGCCCACGCAAUGAUGGUUUCGGCAGCCAGACUGCCACACUUGUCACCACCUUUGCAUCGCCAUCUCCUAGCGCUGCUGCUGUUGCCCCAUCCGCUCGCGACUUGAGCAAGCGCACCUUCUGGGGAGGAUUUGGUUGGGAAGGAUCUGGUGCCAGCAAGAAGUGCACCUGCCCCUUCUAUGACCCCUUCUGUGUCUGGAACAAGCCUCAAUGCCCACAACAACCACAACAACCACAACAACCACAACAACCACAACAACCACAACAGCCACAACAACCACAACAACCACAACAACCACAACAACCGCAACAACCACAGCAACCUAGCCCUCCAAAGCCAACCCAGCCUACCACUACCGCCCCUGCGGCCACAACCACAGGCCUUCCAUCUUGCCCAAGCUCCGGCGCUUACACCCCUUACUACCCGGCUCUCGCGACCGGCUACACCACUGAUCCCGCACUCGCCGCCAGCCGUACCUCCACUGCUACUGGACCUUGCCCAACAACUCCAGAGGCUGGAACAUACUGUGGAUUCAUCAAUCCACUUGACCCAUGCGCUCCUCAGCCAGAUGGCUACGGUCCUGUCCCCAAGGGCGAUUCUGUCGACACCUUCGUCAAUGACCCACAGCUGAUGGCCAAGGCUCUUACUGCUCCAACUGUUGUUCCAGCUGCUGGCGGUAAGGAGUACACUCAGGUCUUCAAGAACUUGAAGGGUGCCACCAGUGCCCAAUCUUACCUAGGUCUCCGCACACUCAAGGAGUACGAUGUCAAGACAUGUGCUGCUUUCUGUGACUGCACAGACCUUUGCACCAGCUUCAACAUGUACAUCGAGCGUGAUCCAUCGCUCAACCCAACCAACAACGACUCUACCUACGACCCAGGCUACCCAACGGUCUGGGGACAGAACUGCCCCAACCCACCAUCUAUGACCUCCUACAAGUGCACUCUCUGGGGCUCCAAGAUCGACGCCUCUACCGCUACUAACACUGGCGAGAAGCGCAGUGGCUUCGAGGUCGUUAUCACCGGCUCAAACGGAUACAGCAAGACCAACGUAGCACCACCUCCACAGCCAGUGCCUAACCCGCCAAAGGGUCCAAAGGACUGCGGAGGCAAGGGUAUCAAUGCACCAGAGUACUGCAUCGGUAACAACUUCUUCCCAGGACCCUUCAACCCCAAGGUCUGCUACCUCUACGCUCUGUCGCUGAACAGCGCCAACUCCAAGGCUGGCAUCAGACAGUCUUGUAAAUUCUUCAACGCCUACUACCUCUUCAAGAACGGCAAGCCAUCGGGAACAUACUGCAAUCUGUUCAACAGCGAAAUCGACAUCUCCUUCGCUACCUACAGCGGCAGCAAGAUUGGAGGCGACAGCUACACCUGUGGCCAGUCUUUCGGAUACUUCUUGUAG